AUGGGAAUAAAGCGCUUUUUUAAGAUAAAACCACCUGAGGAGGAUACUCCGGAAGUCAACAGAGACAAUUUGAUUGAACAGGGUAUACCAACAAAGAAUGUGAACAGGACAAAGAAAGAGAAGUUUGCUGCCUACGGAAAGUUUGCUAAAGACAAGGCUGAGGACAAGUUCUACGCUCCACCAGGGUAUGAAAACUUCGGAAAAAGUAACCCGCCUGUACUAGACGACCUCAACAAAUCAGAAGUUGACUCAGAUGCGGGAAAUGCGUACAUGAGAGAACCAAGCAAAAAUGAUUUCGAUCCUUAUGCUAGGAACAAUUUUACAAACUCGAGUGCUGCUGCGGAUCCUUAUGGAAAACAACCAUAUGACCCUUAUGGAAAACAGCCUUCCGACCCUUAUGGAAAACAGUCUUCUGAUCCUUACUCGAGUUAUAGUAGCAACGCUUACGGUAAUCAACCUUCUGGUCGCAGUAGUGGCAGUGCAACCCCAUAUGCAGAUCCCUACACUCAGGGCCGUGGCCCAAGCGCACCAGCUCUUAAUGCAGGUAAUCCUUAUGGGCAACGCCCAGGAAAUCCUUACGCCGGGCAUUCUAGUUUCUCAAGCAGCACUGCGGGUUCAGCGCAACCUUCUCAAAACCCUUAUAGCAUGAUGAAAAGUGAUCCGUAUAGUGCAGGCGCAAGCAGUACUAAUGUUCCAGCGCCUCAAAAGCCCAAUCCAUACGUCUCGAGGGAAGCCAGUAGAUCCUCGAGGCCUUCUGCCGCUCCGGAAGAUGACCAGUUCGACUUCGAAACCUCUGCCGCUGCACCAAAGAUACGGAAUCCAGAUCUCAACGACGACGAGAUUGACCUUAAUGCCACAUUACAGGACGAGGGUGACGACUUGAACGGUUCCAUACAUGAAAAUUACGCGGGCGAGCUCGGCCAGACCCAGCUCCAGCAGCCCGAUGAUACUCGAGGCUAUCAGACCUUCGAAGACGUACAGAGACAGAACCAGGAAUUGCAGCAACAACAGGAGGACGAAGAGGUUGACGAAAUCAAGCAGCAAAUCAGGUUCACCAAGCAGAGCUCUGUCGCUUCAACUAGGAAUACACUGAAAAUGGCUCAGGAAGCCGAAAUGGCGGGAACAAAUACACUCGGGAUGCUGGGCCACCAGAGUGAGAAGCUGAACAACGUUGAGAGAAAUUUAGACCUCAUGAAGAUGCAAAACAGAGUGGCUGAUGACCGAGUCGCAGAGCUAAAGAAGCUGAACCGUAACAUUCUGGCCGUACAUGUGAGCAAUCCCUUUACGUCCAAGAGAAGACUUCGAGAAGCUGAAGAACGUAUAAGAAACCAGAGGAUAGAGGACAAGCUCAUGCAGAAGCAGACCAACGGGCGCCUGCACCAAUCUACAAACCGCAUUGAGGGUGCCCUAAACGGUGCGUCGCAAGACCAUGAUACCAUAAGACAGAGAUACCAAAAUCAGGCUAUUCUGGAAAAGGCCAAGAGAUAUCAGUUCGAGAAUGACGAAGAAGACGACGAAAUGGAGCUGGAGAUCGACAAGAACCUAGACAAGGUUGGCCAAAUCAGUGGGAGGCUCAAGCGACUGGCUAUCGCGGCAGGCGACGAGAUCGACGCCCAGCAAAACCGUGUCCAGAACAUUGAGGAGGACACUGAUAACAUGGACAUCAAGAUUCACUUGAACACUACCAGGCUAACACAAAUUCGUUGA